UCACGAAGCCGUUGCCCGCUGCAAGAUUUUUGACCCUAAGGAGCGCAAUGGGUCUCACAAAUUAAAACUAUUUAUAAUAAUAUAAUUUUUUUUUUUGAUAAUUAGUGAUUCAAAAACAUAUAAUAUGUUAAAUGAAGUUUAAUUUUUUUUGAUUAACCAAUGAUUUGAUUAAUCAUUAACCCUUAAUCCUAGAACUAGUUUAUUUUAAUUUGUUUAAAACUAUUUCUAGAUGAAUAUGAAUCAUUAUUAUUGUUCCCAGAAUAUACAACUGUCCGAAUAAGAAUAUUAUUGUAAUACUAAUUUUUUUUUAUUGUUCAAAAUAUCUUUUGAGGAGGUGUAUUGAAAUAUACCAAUUUGGUAUUUCUCAUUACAAAAGAUUCUUGAACAACCGUGAACUGGUCACACUAAAAGGGUUUCGCUCUCUGCUCUUUAAGCUCUCUUCCCUUUUGUAUUUUUGACAGAGAACGGACAAGUUGUAAAAUGAGCGGCAACAAAGCGGUCGUGGUGCUAAAUUGCCGCAUACGCACCCGGGCAUGUAAAGACUACAAAUCGCUGAAAUGUGAGAUCGAGAUUGGGCGAGAGAGCAGCACAACGCUGGCAGAGAUGUUCACCUGUUGCUUUGGCUUGCCGUGUGAGCCGCAAGAUGGCGCCGCAGCACGUUUGCCACAGCAAAUUUGCAUCGAUUGUUUGCCAUUGUUGAAGCAAUCGUACAUUUUAAAGCGCACGGAUAUCGGUGCCGACGAACUUAUUCGUUUGGGCCUCGAGGAUAUUGGCAACAACAAUAAUAACAGUAACAGUGCUGCCGCUUCCGCUGAACGAGCUGCUGGGCGGCAACGGCGCCAAUGAGGCUGAAGCAGUGGCCUCCCAGGUGGAGGAGGAAGAGAUUGAGGCCGAGGCCGAAACCGAGGAGGACGAAGAGGGACUACUGGAGGUCGAGGAGGAUCAGAUGGUCAU